CGAAUGGACACUUUGCAGAACAGGAGAGCGAAGAAGAGCUCGAGCAGACUGAACGCGACAUUCCUACGAUGCUCGCGUUGAUCCUUGGAGUCUGCCGGAAGGUACUGAGGAAGGAGAACGAAUUGCUUGUUCGUGUGGGUCGGCUGGAGAGGUAUCGGAGGCAAGACCUUCUACAAACUCGCGAACGCGAUCAGAGAGAGCAACGCGGUUUGUUAUUUGAAAGCAGUGCUGUUCUGUCGUGUUUGCCGGCCCGCGAGGACGAGCAAUUAUUAACCCUCGAUACCUUCCUAGACGGUAAAAGGAAUUUCCAAAAGGCGAAAAAUGCAUUCAUGUCAAUAGGGGGCCAUGAUGUGCAGAGUUGUACUCCCCUUAUAAUGAGGAAGAUGAUAUCGACGGACCUUGCCCUGAACUAUAAUUAUAGUGGAACCCGGGGGAAAGUGGCCUUCCAAGUGUACGGAAACAUUAUAUGGCUCAUUAGAAGCGUUAUACGCGUAAGGCAAGUGGGAGCCACCGAUGAAGAAAUAGACAGGCAUUUGAGUCGGUGGCUAGCGCAAGCUCUACGCAGAACAAAGACAAAGGCGUAUGAUAAGGAAGGAGGAAACGGACAAACGGAAGAAAAUAUCAACCAGGAGGAAGAGGAGAUCUGA